AUUUCCAAGAAACCCAAAUGCAUGCAUCAUCAUAUAAACUAUAGUUAGGGUUAAUAACUCAUCCAUAUCAAUUCUCUGGAUUUGAAAUUUCCAUGGCGGGAGAAGAGAACGACUCAGUCACAUAUACAGUGAAAGUCACAGUCACUGUCACCAUCACAGACGAACCAGUGUCUGAUCGAUCAAAGGAGUCGGUGGAGAAGAAGGACGAAGAAUCAACAAUACGUGAUGACGUGGCACCAGGAGUCUCUUCCUCUUCUGUUCAAGUUGCUUCGCGUGGUGGAAGUAGUAGGAAAAGAAAGGUCUUAUGCGAUUCUGAAGAAAGCGAAGCUUCACAAGAGAACGAUGAAGGUUCGUUUGCAAGUGAUGACGUGGCAACGGUAACUGAACCUAUGAAUCGUGGCACUGAAACGGCCUCGUUGACGGAUAAUGAAGAUUCUGUUGACGGUUAUGAUAUGGAAGCUGGUGAUUCAUCUUCUGUUAAAUUUGCCGGGAGGACAAUGGAGGUCUGCCGGAGAAAGAAACGCGGAAGAACGAACAAUGCGGAAAUCGAGAAUGAGGAAGAAACUGAUGAAGACGAUGACGUGGCAGACGGAGGCACUUCAUCUUUUCAACUGGAGAGAGAAAAUGUGAAGAGAGAGAAGAAGAAAUCUGGUAGAAAAAGGAAGACUGAUUCUAGUUCUGAAGAAAAUGGUGAAGCUUCAGAAAAGGGGGAAGAUUGUGAUUUUGUUAGGGAAGAGAAGAAAACACCUGGUGGAAAAAUUCAAAUCGAAGAGAAUGAACUGGUCUCUGAAAAGAAGUCUGAGAGUGCUCUGUUGAAGGACAGGAAUCAGGACUGUCCGGAAAUUGAAACUGAAACGCCUUUGUAUAAAGAUAAUGAAUGUUAUCCUUUACGAAAAACUAGAAACAAGAAGCCUGCAUUAGUUGAACAUGCGGUGCCAAAAUUCAACAAGAGAAAUCCUAAGUGGAUUGAAGAGGAGUCCUUAAUGUGCCAUCAAUGUCAGAGAAAUGAUAGGGGCAGGGUUGUCAGAUGCACUAGCUGCAAACGGAAAAGGUUUUGCAUACCCUGUAUAACUAAUUGGUAUCCUAACUGGAAAGAGGACAAAAUUGCUGAGGAAUGCCCGGUGUGCUGUGGUAAUUGCAAUUGCAAAACAUGCUUGCGAUCAAGUGUACUUCUCAAUGAAACUAAACACAAGACAGAAACCGACAGAGAUUAUGGGGUUGGUCUCUCCAAGUAUAUGCUGAAAGAACUUCUUCCGCAUUUGAGACGAUUGGAUGAGGAACAAAUGGUCGAGAAGGAGAUAGAAGCGAAAACACAAGGGCUCCCACUUUCUGAGCUAACAAUAAAAGUAGCAGAUUACUCUAAAGAUGAGCGUGUGUACUGUGAUAACUGCAAAACAUCAAUAUUUGACUACCACAGAAGCUGCACAAAAUGUUCUUUUGUCCUUUGUCUCCUCUGUUGCUGUGAGCUUCGUGGCGGGCAACUUCUAGCCGGUGCAGAUCCUAUUGAGUUUGAGUUUAUCUUCCGAGGACGUGAUUAUUUGCAUGGUGGAGAUGAAGAGAAACAAGUCAGAAAAAAAAAACCUCGUUCUGCAGUCCAGCCUGAGAUUCAUCAAUGGUCAAAAUCUGGGUGGCAUGCAGAUACUGACGGUAGCAUUCCAUGUCCAAAAGCAGAUAAUGAAUGUGAUCAUGGUUUCCUUGAAAUGAGAAGGAUACUUCCUCCAAAUUGUAUCUCCAAGUUAGUAUGUAAAGCAGAAAAACUUGAAGAAAAAAUUGAGCUUCACGAUGCGGAGGAGACUCUUGAUAAUAGGUGUUCAUGUUGGAAGUCUGUUAGGAGCGCAGAUGGUACCUACAGUAACCUAAGGAAAGCAGCUUUUCGUAAAGAUUCUAGUGACAACUUUUUAUACUGUCCUAGGGCUGUAGAUCUACAUCAUGAAGAUUUAAAACAUUUUCAGUGGCAUUGGAGCAAAGGGGAGCCUGUAAUUGUCAGUAAUGUACUCGAAUGCUCAUCUGGUUUAAGCUGGGAACCACUUGUCAUGUGGCGUGCAUUCCGUCAGAUAAGAAAUACCAAGCACAAACCAGUUUUGGAUGUGAAGGCAAUUGAUUGCUUAGAUUGGUGCGAGGGAGAUAUUAAUUGCCACCAAUUCUUUACUGGGUACAAAGAGGGUCGCAAGGAUUGGCUGAAAUGGCCUCAGAUUUUGAAAUUGAAAGAUUGGCCUCCUUCUAAUUUAUUUGAAGAAAGUUUGCCUCGUCAUUGUGCCGAGUUCAUAUAUUCUUUGCCGUAUAAAGAUUAUACAGAUCCUUUCAAAGGUGCUCUUAACCUUGCUGUGAAGUUGCCUGAAGGUGUUCUAAAGCCAGACAUGGGCCCAAAAACAUACAUUGCUUAUGGAUUUGCUCAGGAGCUUGGACGCGGUGACUCUGUGACUAAGCUCCAUUGUAAUAUGUCUGAUACAGUAAAUGUGUUGACUCAUAUUGCUAAAGUUGAAAUGGAACCUGAGAUCAUUAGUGCCAUCAAGAAACUGACACAAAAACACCUGAAGCAAGACAAAAGGGAGCUACAUCUACAUGGUAAUAAUCAGGAUGGACUAACCAAUGUUAGCAUUCUUGAUAAUUCAUCGUCUUCCAGAAAUGCAUCAGACGGGCAAAAUAGAGUUCGAGUCAUGGAUAAUGAAAAUGGAUUAUGCAAGGAGAAGGUGGUUGAUCCUGUUCAUCAACACUCAGGCGCACAUAAUGAUGGCUUUUCUUCUGGAUCAAAGCUCAAAGAGGUUGAUAAAGUGAUUCUGAAAAAAGAUAAUAGAUUGUUGGUUGGAGAUGAUUCUUUAGAUGGUGCUCUCUGGGAUAUUUUUCGGAGAGAGGAUGUACCUAAAUUGGAGGAAUAUCUAAAGAAGCAUUUUAGAGAGUUUAGGCAUGUCCAUUGCUCUCCUUUAAAGAAGGUUAUUCACCCCAUCCAUGAUCAGACCUUUUAUUUGACUCUGGAGCAUAAGAGGAAACUCAAAGAGGAGUAUGGAAUCGAGCCUUGGACUUUUACUCAGAAGUUAGGAGAUGCUGUUCUCGUUCCUGCCGGCUGUCCUCACCAAGUCAGGAAUCUCAAGUCAUGCAUCAAGGUUGGACUUGAUUUUGUCUCGCCUGAAAAUGUUGGUGAAUGCUUCCGUUUGACAAAGGAAUUUCGUAAGCUUCCGAUAAACCACAGAUCCAAUGAGGACAAGUUGGAGGUGAAGAAAAUGACUAUAUAUGCUAUGCUUGAUGUGAUUGAUCAAUUGGAGGAAACAAGGUAACUGACUGCCAAUUGGGACCUGAGUCACUUGCUUAGGUUCAAAGGUACAUUCUUCUGAGUCACUUCCUUAGGUUCAACAAUCAUCAAUCAUUUGAAACAUUAAUUACGCCUGUUUUGCAAUGUUGUACAUUUAAGUUUCACUAAUUUAUAGUUAGGUGCUAAUUCAUUGGCCUAUCUUAAUCGUGAUUAGGUACAUUUGAAACAUUAUUUACCGACCUGUUUUGUAAUGUUGUACAUUUAAGUGUCACUAAUUUAUGCCCACAUCAAAAUCUUGGUUUGAUUUAAGUUUACUGGAAAAUACAAUUGAGAACAUUGUGAA